AUGGAUGAAGCGAUCGAAGCAUAUCGCGCAUUUCUCGCUGUUGCACCUAAAGACCACCGAAAAGUACCUGAUUCAUAUUAUGCAAUGGCUAUGUGCUAUCUUAUGAGCGUAAACGACCAAAGUUUAGAAAAUGCUACAAAAAUGUAUCGAAUGGGCGAAGAAGCAGAAAAACUGCAAUUACCAUGCUUUUUACCUUAUGAUCCAAGCAUUAAAACUCCCAUUAAACUUCAGAUUGAUUUCAUAUGUUCGAUCGAAAUAAAACUAUCUACUCUUGGUAUUGAUAAUAAAGCACGACUAAAAGAUUCAGCUCGAAUUGAAGUUAUAGUAGAACAACGUCAAUGGCAAAAUCAGUUGUUAAAAGCGAAAAACAAACCAGGUCUUAUUUCAAUACCUUUUACUUAUCAAGCCCGAGUUUCUCAACGAAUAGCUAAAUCCUUAGCUGGAUUAAAAUCAAUUACAUUUCGAGAUAUGGAUCCAGUAAAAGAUCAUGUCUAUGAACAAUAUGUAUUGUCUGUGACAAUUAUCGGAGAAGCAUAUUCAUGGGCACCAUCAAUUCAAUUAAUGAUAGAAGAUGAACGUCUCGAUUACAAAAAAUUAUGUAUCUAUGGUUUUCCUAAAGAUCAAGGAGAAUAUUUAAUAAAAAAAGUAUUUCGAAUUGGAAGUAAAAUGAAUAUUAUCAAUCCAUAUCUACGAAUAGGUGCAAGUGACGGGAAACCAGUAAUUCGUAUUGAUGAAUUCUCAUCAAUUAUGAUGCAAAGUGAAUCAGAAUAUGUAGUUAAUAUGUGCCGAUGCUGUGGAGCAGCAAGUGCACCAUAUAUUUGCAGUAAUUGUAAACAAGCACGUUAUUGCACAAACGAAUGCCAAACUAUGGAUUGGCAGUUAUAUAAACAUAAACUAAUAUGUAUAAAAGAAUGA